CGGCCUUAAAGUGCAUCAUAUGAAAGCCUUUGAUGGUUUAGCGACAGUUUGAACUUGUGUUCCUUCCCAAAACUUUAGGCACAGAUGUACGCCACGCCAUUCUUUGUAUUUAUUUGACACUGUUUGUAUCUCGAUCUACAAUCGUGUUUCCCAUUAUUUUAAUACCGCGAAUCCUCAUCAAAACAUCCACAACAAUCCCUCUACGAGACACUACCUUUGAUCGUCUCUGGGUGAUUAGAUGAGGGAUUGAGCUAUUGAUUCGUAUCAGCAAUAUCACGACUCCUUUGUCUCCUGGGCACGGUCGCGAUUGAAACGGACUGCAAGAGUCGCGACGGGAGACAAGUCAGUGGCGUCGUUUGUUAUUUUCCCCAGAAAUUGCGAGCCAACGACGAGAACCUCUCACACACAUUCACACCCAAACACACCUCCCCGAUGGCGUCGCAGCGCAACAACAGGCCGGCGCGCGGCUCAAGCCGCAACGACAGCGCGGCCGAGGAGGUGCAGCUGUGGGAGCAGAUCCAGGGCGAGCUGAGGCAGAUCGUGGAUCAGUUCAACGCGAGCACCGAAAUCGGAAGGAAGAUCAAGACCCAGGAUCAGAUCCUCAAGGAGAACCCUGGGCGGACCACAAUGGACGCGACUUUCAAUCAGCUCGAGGAGCUGCUCCGGUCGGGUGUUAAGACCAACGACGACCUAGUUGAAAAGAUCCGCGCCGUUCGCACAAACAUUGAGAUCCUCAGCGCCCUUUCAAAAGCCAAGGACCCGAGCGGCUCUUCGGGCGGCAAGAGCAGCCAGCACCUGAAUCCGUCGUCGGCAAGGAGCAGCGGCCUGGGCGGGUCGAGCCGUAACGCGAGCCGAGGCGCCACCGCCACUAGGGAGGCGCACCGGUCUAAGGAUAAGGAGGCGAAGGAAGCCAAAGAGGCCAAGGAGGCCUCGUCGCAAAAGGAUCAGAGUUCGCUCUACGAUUUUGACGGAGCCGAGUCGCCCGUACCGUCGCCGCAUGGAAAUCACACCGUUCGGAAGCUCGGCAGUGAGCGGUCUGCCGGUAGGGACAGCCUGCCACCGCGUGGUGACCGCGACACACCAUCCAAGGCGGACAGCGCCGAGCCGCCCCAGCUCCCAGCGACUGGGUCGUCGGUAGGUUCAUCCACAUCAGCGUCGGCGGCGGCGCUGCAGCGGUCCAAGGUCGUGUUCGCCAAGGGCCAGGACGUGGCGUUCAAGCCCAAGCAGGCCAACAACAGCAGUAACAAUGGCGACACGGCUGAUUGGUUCCUGGGCCGCGUCGCCGCUGUGUUGGGAGAGGGCAAGUCACGUCGUUACAAGGUCAAGGACGAGGAUCCGGAUGUGUCACCUGACGAGCGAAAGGAGUAUCGCACCAGCGCCAGCAGCAUGAUACCCAUACCCGCCGCGGGCGAGAAGCUGCCCAGCUUGGACAAGGGCAAAAUAGUGCUGGCUCUCUACCCGGAUAGCACGACGUUUUACAAGGCCGAGGUCGAGAGCAUCGACGCCGAGACGGGUAAGGUCAGUCUACGGUUUGAGGGCGAGGAGACCACGGGAACGUUGCAGCUUGUCGAGAGGAGAUUUGUGGUCGAAUACCGCCCAUGACGACAUUAAUAUUUGCGGCCUAGGGGAUAUGCAGGCCCCGCGUAACAGUAGGGGAGCGGACCUUUUUUUUUGGACAUGAGGUAGAUACCCAAUACCCGGUAUUUUUCUGCCGACAAUAAAUAUCAGCCUGAUCAUCCGGAAUUUCACAGCGAACAGCAUGCAGACAUGCCCGACACAGCUCGGAAGGAACUCGUUCUUUGAUAUCAC